AUGGCGCCGAUUCUCAGAUCCACUUCCUUUCUCGCAUUCCUCGUCUUUCAGACUUCUCUCUUCCUCUUUGCUUCCACUCUUCCGAUCUCAUCUGGGUCUGAGGAUAGUUACACGAUCACGGGUAGAGUAAGGAUCCCAGCAAGUACCGCGAUUGGUCACGCAGCAAAAUUCUCAAAUAUCAAAGUUGUGCUCAAUGGUGGACAGUAUAUCACUUUCCUCAGGCCGGAUGGAUACUUUACAUUCCACAAAGUUCCAGCUGGGACUCAUCUGAUCGAAGUAUAUGCGCUGGGCUACUUCUUCUCUCCAGUGCGAGUUGAUGUUAGCGCCCGGCAUCGUGGCAAGGUUCAAGCAACGCUAACAGAAACCAGGAGGAGUCUUACUGAGCUGGUUUUGGAGCCACUGCGGGCAGAGCAAUACUAUGAGAUGCGAGAACCUUUCAAUGUAAUGUCAAUUGUGAAAAGUCCAAUGGGUCUUAUGGUGGGAUUCAUGGUCCUUGUUAUGUUCGUAAUGCCUAAGAUGAUGGAAAACAUUGAUCCAGAGGAAAUGAACAGAGCACGCGAAGAGAUGAGCAGCCAAGGAGUGCCUUCGCUCUCUAGCUUGUUGCCCGCUAGACGCUAA